ACCGCAUCCUAUCAACUGCCCAAGCGGUCGCUUUUCAACCUCCGCCACCUCAUCAAGAAGCAAAUAGUUCCUGACCGCGACUCGUCACCCCGAUCAGAGCAGUGAGCGCCGCCGCAGUUCCGCCAUGGAAUCGGAGCCCAUGUCGGUGGACAGCGCAGCGCUGGAACCGCCUUCCCUGCCUGCGGACGGCGCAAACGAGCCAAAGUACGGCGGCCAUUCACGGUUCGAGCUGGAGCUCGAGUUUGUUCAGUCCCUGGCGAACCCACAGUAUCUCAACUACCUAGCGUCACGCAAGUUCCUUACCAAUCCCGCGUUUGUGGCCUACCUCGACUACCUGCAGUAUUGGACGCGCCCGCCGUACUUGAAAUAUCUCACGUUUCCCACCGCGACCCUCAAAAUGCUAGAGCUCUUGCAGCAAGAAAAAUUUCGCCAGGACAUCAUUAGCCCGGAUCUUGCGCAUGCUAUGAUCAUGGAAGGGAUGAAGACGGCGGUGGAGUGGCAUCGCGAGGGUUGAGGCCGGCUGCUAAGAAGGAGAGAUGAACAAACAGAGAGGACAGUGC